AUGUCUCUUCACCAGCUCUCCUUGACGCAUUUCUGCGAAGUGCAUGGUCCCACUUCGAUCAUCUGUUCGCAGGUUCUACCUUUCCCAUGUUCUCAAUGUUAUCCCGAUACCUCUGAAUUCUCUUCCGAUGAUACCCCUGCGACUUCCCACGAUACCCAAUCCUCCCAUGGCGUACUACGCGAUCGCGCCGGCAGCGCCGGAGACCCUCUAUCUCCCAAACGUCCAGACGCAGUCACCGGAGCAUCAGACAAAUCUCCGAAGAUCGAAGAUUCCCCAUAUUUUCUCAAGGGACAGCCUAACUCAGCCGAAUCUCUGAAAUUGAAUCGCCUGGGAGGCGCUGAUGGUGACACGUGCGCUAGUUGUAGCUUGACAUUACCCGAGGAUGUGAGCAAACAGCUUCCUCCGGGUGCGCCAGGAACAGCAAGUCGCGACGGCAAAGGAAGGAACGGCAGCCCGGUGUUGCGUUCGCGAGAAGUGGUGUACUCUUGUGGCACCAGCCAUUCCGAUGCCGACGACAGUAUUCACGAUUCUCACACCCAUGCCUCCCUCCCCGACUCUGUUCACUCAUCCUCCAUUGCCUCCGAUGCAUCUUGCCACACCCACAUUCUUACCUAUUUAUCGCUUCGGGGACCUCCGAAUCCCGCGGACUACGCCCUUCUGCGACGCUCGUCCAUUCGUACCCUUAGCUGCGAGCUCCUUCCUCGAGGCCUCUCCUCCGGACCGUUGUGCUUCGGUGAUGCGACUGCGGGCUAUACCAUCGCAUACAUCUUCCGCUUGCCGGAUCCCAUGGCUCGCGGAAAGCGGCGCAGCUAUGCCCUUGUCGCACUGGCUGGAAAAGAUGCCAGAAAAGCCUUCCGCGCGUGUCCGGUGAUUUGGCGCGCCUUUGGAAGAAUUGCCACGGGGAUUGUCAGUUCGGCCGAGAAAUAUCAGGAAGAAACGAAGCGUCUGGAGGAGCAGAACGUUGGCACCAAGGGAGCCAACAAUCGGCCAUAUACCCCGGUCUCAUCCUUUCUCACAGGCCGCAUGCUGGACCCCGAUGGUCAACCUCGUCGACUGGGCCAGAUUCGAGCACGUAAUCUAUCGGAGAUCGUGGGCAAUCAAUACAUCUUUGCCGAAAUCCACGCGCACUUCGUAGCCCUUCUACAGCAGCUGGGCACAAUGUUCGGGUCCGCACCGAUCUCCGAAGAACGCUUUGUCUGCAGCACACUGGGCGAUGAUGUUGAAAUGAAAUCGCGCCGCGGUACACUGGUCGAAGGCGCAAAGGACUCGACGGGCAGUAAUCAGUCACAAAGUGACUUUGGGAUGGCCGGGCUGGACCUGUCUUCAUCUGGCCCCAAGCCGAUUCCCAUUGCGCCUCGUCGUACAGUCAUUGCCUAA